UGUUAUUUUUUAUGAAUAAUAUUUUUCUAAUGUUUUUAGCGACGUCGUCGAGCGAGUCCGAGGAUGAAUAUUUACAAUACAGAAGCUUUAGAUCCAAUUCUUACCGAAGAACGCAAUUCCAUCCAGGAUUAGAGAAUCCCUUCAUUUAUUAUGCUCAAGUUAAGCCGAAAAGACUUAACCGAAGGAGCAGAGAAAAUGAAAAGUACAAUUCGAACUGUUUCGUUAAAGCGUUUCGUUGGUACACUCAGGAACAUGUACCAUUUAAAAAGACAAAUUCAACGAAUAAUGUGAUUAACAAGGACCUAAAAGGCUUCGCGACGUGGCUUGAUGAGAAAUAUAAUGAAUAUCAGGACACAAAUCGAAUCGAGAAAACUCAAUGUAUUUUGAAUCAGAGCUCCACGCUCGAGUUAAUUAGUGGCGCUGAAAUUUACGACAAUAAAGUACCAGGUUCAAAGAAAUUUCCAAUAUUGAGAAGCCCUUGGUAUAAACACCGAAAAUCUUCAAGUAAAAGAGAAGAAACCGAUUUUACUGUAAAGUCAAAUCAAAGCAUCAAAAUCAUUUUGAAGCCUAAAAACUUAUCCCGUGCAACUUCAGAAUGCUGUCAAAGAUCUGAUUUACAAAACAACGCAAUUAUAUCAAACACGAGUGCUCUUCACAUGAAGCUAAGACCCACAUCUAGAAGCUUGACGAGUGUUCUUAAAGAAAAAGAAAUAUACAUUAUACCUUUUGACGUUCUUCAAGACACGAGCCAUGAGGAACUAAAGCAUAAAGUCGACGAAAUUAACACAAACGAGCGAAAGAAAUUACGACAAAUUUUCCCUAUGAAGUCAAUACGAACGGUAGAAAAUAAAAAAAGGAUUGAUGUAUAUUGUCAAUGUUCACACACUAGCUUUGAUAAUAAUACCAGUGAACUUGAGAAAAAUAAACUUAAUACUUGCCUUUGUUACAAAAGAAAAUCAGAAUAUGAAGUCGUACGAAAGAUUGCAGUAAUACCAAUAUCUCAACCAAAUACGAAAGACCACGAGCCACCUGUAUCAACAUUUGUUACCGAUAGCGUGCAAACAUCUGAUUAUUCAAUUAACUUAGAAAACGAUUUAACUCGCAAAAAGCCGGUAUUCGUGAAAUUAUUAUGUCCACAUAAACUGGACGUAAAGGAUUAA